CGUACACACAGCGAGAACAGCGUCAUUCACAGAAGCAAAUAUCUAUAAUAUAUUACUCUCCGAUGGACAGCUUCUGAUAUGGACGAGUGGCAGAGUUUAUAAUCGCUUCUGGUACUGAAGGGUUUGACACUCGCCCCCCACCCCCCCCCCUCUCUUUCAGAGGAUGGGAGCAGUGAGUGGUGACUGGAGGAGAUGUCAUUCGGUCGACUCCUGCGAUGUGCAUCGUCCAAAGCCUCUGACCUUUUGACCUUUAAUGUGGGCACAGGGGGAUCACGGGCGGUUCAGGAUGGAGAGAUCAUCUUCUCUAAGAACAAUGUGUGCGUGCACCCAGCUGAGCCUUUGCCCGGACUGCCUGAACAUCACCCAGGUUACCUGUGUGUGCACCUGGAGAAAGACGAGGCUCUCGGCUCCACCCUCAUCCUCACCUGGGUGCCCAACUCCCGCAUCCAGCGUCAGGACGAGGAAGCGCUCCGCUACAUCACACCCGAAAACUCUCCAGUCCGCCGUAACGCCCGCCGCCGAGCCCACCGGGCUCACUCUCGCCCGCCGCCUGCCCCUGAGGAAGAGGAGGAUGAUGAUGGGACGGAGGCAGUGCUGCAGAACCAGCAGCUUUCAGAAGAAGGCGAUGAAGGCUCCUGCGAGCUCUCCGCAGACGAGGUGAGCCGAGACAGCACCCUCGGCUCUGACUCGGACACCUUCUCCUCGCCCUUCUGCCUGUCGCCCGUCAGCGAGGCGCUGGGUGAGAGCAGCAUCUCUGUCUUCCUGGAUAAUGAGAGCAGGGAAUGCGAUGAACCCAUGGCUCACUCUGCAAGCUCCGCCUCCAGUCUGGACAGCCACGCCCCCUCUGAGAGCAGCCAAUCUCUGGGUGUUCGGUGGGAGGAGCAGCAGAAAGUGAUGGCUUUGGAGCAUCUAUGUGGGGUUUUCAGAGUUGACCUGGGUCACAUGAGGUCACUACGUCUGUUCUUCAGUGAUGAGGCAUGCACCUGUGGACAGCUGGUCAUCGCCAGCAGAGAAAGUCAGUACAAGAUACUUCACUUCCACCACGCGGGUCUUGAUAAACUGUCCGAGGUGUUUCAACAGUGGAAAUGCUGCAGGGAGACCCAGCUCAAAGACCAGGUGUCAGAUGAGAAGUCAUGUAUGCAGUUCUCCAUCCGCAGACCCACAUUGCCUUCUGCUGAGAUGCACCCAGAGGAGCGGCUGUAUCGACGAUUGGACGUCAGCUCAUGGCUGCGUCACCUGAACAACAGCGGUCAGGUGGUGGAGGAGUACAAGCUCAGAAAGGCAAUUUUCUUCGGGGGUAUUGACCCGUCUCUCCGUGGUGAGGUGUGGCCCUUCCUGCUGCAUUACUACAGCUAUGACUCCACUUCUGAAGAGCGUGAGAACUGGAGACUGCAGAAGCGGGUGGAGUACCAGGAGAUCCAGCAGAGAAGGUUGUCCAUGAGUCCAGAGGAGCACAGUGAGUUCUGGAGGAAGGUUCAGUUCACUGUGGAUAAAGAUGUUGUGAGAACAGAUAGAAGCAACAUGUUCUUCAGGGGAGAGAACAACCCCAAUGUAGAACUCAUGAGACGAAUCCUGUUGAACUACGCCGUGUUUAAUCCAGAGAUGGGCUACUGUCAGGGCAUGUCAGACCUGGUGGCUCCUCUUCUGACGGAGAUCCAGGAUGAGAGCGACACGUUCUGGUGCUUUGUGGGUCUCAUGGAGAACACCAUCUUCAUCAGUUCUCCUAGAGAUGAGGAUAUGGAGAGGCAACUGAUGUACCUGCGAGAGCUCUUGCGGUUGAUGUUGCCUCGGUUCCACCAGCAUCUGACGCGGUUGGGUGAGGAUGGACUUCAGCUGCUCUUUUGCCACCGCUGGGUUCUUCUGUGUUUCAAACGUGAGUUCCCUGACGCUGAAGCUCUGCGCAUGUGGGAGGCCUGCUGGGCUCACUAUCAGGGACAAUCGCCCUGGAGCAACCUGGAGUUAAGUGCUUUUCUCAAGGACACAAUAGUGAUGGCUGUGGGGAUUGAACCAUCAACCCUCUGAUUACCAGUUAUGUGCUUUAGCCCACUACGCCACCACCACUCCACCACCACAUUUUCUUCUUCUUAUUAUUUUUUAUGUCUUGGAAGUCUAUGGCAGCCCAUAGAUACCUUUGGAGGAAAGUUUUGAAAUUUGGUACACUGAUAGAGGAAACGCUGACCUUUAACUGACCUAAAUUUUGGGUCCCUAACUCAAACCCUCUAGCACCACCAACUGUUCAAAUUUGCACCCAGUUUCCAUCCGAUAAUGAUUUUCCGCCAUUUUGAAUGUUUCAAAAAACCUACUUUUUCUAACUCAUUGGCCGUAUGUCCGAUUUGCCUGAAAUUUUGCACUGAAGAAUAAAUGAUAUCAGAAGCUUUUUAAUAAACCAAACCAUUCUCGUAUAAUGCUUUAAUGAAUUUGAUGCCGAGCAUGCAAAAAUGGACGUGAGGUUGUAUCUACACAACGCUUUGGCGUAUUGAAACGAAACUUGGUAUAUGUCAUAGCCAUCGUGACUUGAGGAUACCUGCACAGUUUCGGCACAGCACCACCUAUUGGUCAGGUGAAAUGAAAAAAUUGCUAUUUUUGCUUAUAACUUAUAAAUAAUUUGGCCUAAAAUCAUACGACUGGUCUCUUUAGAUUCCUUGGGGCAUACGGAGUUGAAUGAUACCCAAUUUUCAUAUUUCAUCCGUAUUGGGUGUUGGCCAUUCUGAAUUUUGUCAUAAAAUGCUAUUUUAUAUGCAUAGGCAUAUCAUAACUAAACUUGGUAUGCAUCAUCGGCACCAUGCCCCGAGGGUACUUGCAAAUGUUUGACUAUUGACCUAUUGUCCUGUGAUUGCUGUCUUUAGAUUCUUUGGGUCAUGCCGAGUACGACGAUACCCAAUUUGCUAUGGUUGGCCAUAAUUCCUCUCCGCCAUUUUGAAUGUAAUUGAAAACCUACUUUUUUCGAAAUUCCUUAUUUUCGAACAUCUGAUUCGCACAAAAUUUUACAAAAGCUUUUCGAUAGUUCUUGAAUAGCACAUCAACUAAAUAGACAGCAAGACGCCAAAAAGCAUCUGAGGCUGUAUCUUAGCAACACACCCUGACCGCACCAUAUACAUUUGUUCAAAUCCCCAUUGCUCAAAAGUUCUAAUGAAUUGUAUUGUAAAAUAAGCAAUUCUACUUAUGUUUUUUUUUUUUUAUACUGCUUCCCUCAAAAUCCUAAUCAGUGAUGUCCAAUCAUACUUCCUUAUAUGCUGAUGGUGUGCUUGGCCCUGUCAUUGCUGCUUGCAGUUUUCAUUACUUUUCUUAUUGUUUUCCACUAGAAUUCUUAUUACCAUAACACAGUCAUGUUUUACUGUAUUAGAAUAAAAAUACUUUUAUACAAUGAUUUUUCUUAAUUAAAAUUAGCGAAAAUGAAAGGCAAUACCAAGGGAGAACUACUGUGAUGUUGUAAAAGAAUCGGGUUCUUGGGGUGAGAAGGGAGGAAUCGAGAACAGUGAACUUCAACUCAGAUGGUAUGUUUAUUUACUAAUCAGAACAAAAACUCUCUCUCGCAACACUCUCAUGCCACACAGGCUCAGCGGGUGUGUGUGCGGGUCUCUCUCCUCCUCUACUGGCGUCUGGCUCGCUUGUAACUCCGUCUCCACUCUCACUGCAAUGACAAACAGCUGUUAGAGACGGUCAUUGACAGGUGAUGAUCCUUAUCGUUCUCAUCUCCCGAUCUCCCUCCCAUUCGCAAGCCGGCGCUCGACCACGCCCCCACUACCACAGAUAUAUAAAUACUUUAAAAUAAUAUACCACCUUUUUCAUAUGUUAUGUUAGUGAGAAUAUCAUAAUGAUCAUCUUUAUUUGCAUUGCAAUAAUUAUAAUUGGGGUUAAAAUGAAUGGGACCGUAGCAUAAUGUCACAAUGUAUAAAAUCUUAAUGACUCAAAGAAAAAAAAGAGGUUUCAAUUUCUGUAGGAAAAAUAUACAUUUUUAAUUUGUUUCUUUUAAUUAAGGCUGGGAAAUUUUUUCACGAGAAUCACCCAUUUCACUUGUGUAUAUUAUAUUGAACAAAUGCUGAUAUUUAUCCAGAUCUAUAACUGCCUGUGUCGAGGAGGAGGGCAUUCAUCCGGUUCCCGCCUCCUCCUUGCCUGUACGUUUAUCUGUUACAGUGGUGCCGAAACCCGGGAGGGAGGAGGGACGUGCUGUCGCGGAGUCCUCGCUGCUGCCAUUCGCCAAGGGUGCAGCCGCGGCCGUCUGCCUGGGGACGGAGGAGUCGCUGCCGGCCGCCGAGAGCCGGAGGAACCACGGCCGU